CAGGGCCCGCCCUCCCAUCACUGGAAGGCCACUGUUCCUUCCUCAUUUUGCUGCUGAUUCUAGCCCCAAACAAAACAGGUUGAGCCCUUUUCCUCCCGCCGGCAGCUCCUCUCUGGCUUGCGGCUGCCUUCUGAGGCGCUGCAGACGGCGCCGGCCGGGGAGGGGGGGCCUGGGCCAGCCCUGUCGGGACUGGGACGGUGCGCCUGGCUUCUGGCCCUCGUGCAGCCCUGUCUGUGGCAGGAGAGCAAGCUUUGCCGUGGCAGUUGCCUGAGGAUGAUGCCCCAGCUUCAGUUCAAAGAUGCCUUUUGGUGCAGGGACUUCACGGCCCACACCGGCUAUGAGGCGCUGCUGCAGAGGCUGCUGGACGGCAGGAAGAUGUGCAAGGACGUGGAGGAGCUGCUGAGGCAGAGGGCCCAGGCGGAGGAGCGCUAUGGCAAGGAGCUGAUGCAGAUCGCCCGGAAGGCAGGCGGCCAGACAGAGAUCAACUCCCUGAGGGCCUCCUUUGACUCCUUAAAGCAGCAAAUGGAGAGUGUGGGCAGCUCCCACAUCCAGCUGGCCCUGGCCCUGCGCGAGGAGCUACGAAGCCUCGAGGAGUUCCGUGAGAGACAGAAGGAGCAAAGGAAGAAGUACGAGGCCGUCAUGGACCGUGUUCAGAAGAGCAAGCUGUCUCUCUACAAGAAGGCCAUGGAUUCCAAGAAGUCGUAUGAGCAGAAGUGCCGGGACGCCGAUGACGCUGAGCAGGCCUUCGAGCGCAUUAGCACCAAUGGCCCCCAGAAGCAGGUGGAGAAGAGCCAGAACAAGGCCAGGCAGUGCAAGGACUCAGCCGUGGAGGCAGAGCGAGUGUACAGGCAGAACAUCGAGCAGUUGGAGAAGGUGCGGGGCGAGUGGGAACAGGAGCACCGGACCACUUGCGAGGCCUUCCAGCUGCAAGAGUUUGACCGACUGACCAUUCUUCGCAACGCCAUGUGGGUGCACUGCAACCAGCUCUCCCUGCAGUGUGUCAAGGAUGAUGAGCUCUACGAGGAGGUGCGUGUGACACUAGAAGGCUGCAGCGUGGAAGCCGACAUCGAUGGUUUCAUCCAGGCCAAGAGCACAGGCACUGAGCCCCCAGCUCCUGUGCCCUACCAGAACUACUACGAUCGGGAGGUCACCCCGGCAUCUGGCAGCCCUGGCGUCCAGCCAUCCUGUGGCAUGAUAAAGAGGUUCUCCGGGCUGCUGCAUGGAAGUCCCAAGACUACAUCAUUGGCAGCUUCUGCAGAGACCCUGACCCCAACCCCUGAACACAAUGAGGUUGUCUACUCUACCAUUGCAGUGAAGGAGGCGCCGGGACCCCCAACCCUGCCAGCCCAGGGCUACAGGGUGCUCUAUGACUACACGGCCCAGAAUUCCGAUGAGUUGAAUAUCUCCGCGGGAGACAUCGUGGAGGUCAUCCUGGAAGGGGAGGAUGGCUGGUGGACAGUAGAACGGAAUGGGCAGCGUGGCUUCGUCCCUGGCUCCUACCUGGAAAAGCUCUGAGGAAGGGGCAGCAGCCCCCACCUGGACCUGCCCUGCCUGGGGGGCCAGAGGUGCCCCCAAUCACUGCCCUAGCCUUGCUGGUGUGCCAAGAUGGAGCCUGCCCCCCAGGAUGGAUGUUGGUGGCUCCCUGGGCUGUCUCUCCCACAGGGAAUAAAGGAGUGCAUUUUUAUUC